AUGAGGGAGAUCGUUCACAUCCAGGGCGGCCAGUGCGGCAACCAGAUCGGCGCCAAGUUCUGGGAGGUCAUCUGCGAUGAGCACGGCAUCGACCCCACGGGCACCUACCACGGUGACUCGGACCUGCAGCUGGAGCGCAUCAACGUGUACUUCAACGAGGCCUCGGGCGGCCGCUACGUGCCCCGCGCCAUCCUGAUGGACCUGGAGCCCGGCACGAUGGACUCGGUGCGCUCGGGCCCUUACGGCCAGAUCUUCCGCCCCGACAACUUCGUGUUCGGCCAGACCGGUGCCGGCAACAACUGGGCCAAGGGGCACUACACCGAGGGCGCCGAGCUCAUCGACUCGGUCCUCGACGUGGUCCGCAAGGAGGCUGAGUCGUGCGACUGCCUCCAGGGCUUCCAGGUCUGCCACUCGCUCGGCGGCGGCACGGGCUCGGGCAUGGGCACGCUCCUGAUCUCCAAGAUCCGCGAGGAGUACCCCGACCGCAUGAUGUGCACCUUCUCGGUGGUGCCGUCGCCCAAGGUGUCGGACACGGUGGUGGAGCCCUACAACGCCACGCUCUCCGUCCACCAGCUGGUCGAGAACGCCGACGAGUGCAUGGUCCUCGACAACGAGGCCCUGUACGACAUCUGCUUCCGCACGCUGAAGCUGACGACGCCCACGUUCGGCGACCUCAACCACCUGAUCUCGGCCGUCAUGUCGGGCAUCACGUGCUGCCUCCGCUUCCCGGGCCAGCUCAACGCCGACCUGCGCAAGCUCGCGGUGAACCUCAUCCCGUUCCCGCGUCUGCACUUCUUCAUGGUGGGCUUCACGCCGCUGACGUCGCGCGGCUCGCAGCAGUACCGCGCCCUGACGGUGCCCGAGCUGACGCAGCAGAUGUGGGACGCCAAGAACAUGAUGUGCGCCGCCGACCCGCGCCACGGGCGCUACCUGACGGCCUCGGCGCUGUUCCGCGGCCGCAUGUCGACCAAGGAGGUGGACGAGCAGAUGCUCAACGUGCAGAACAAGAACUCGUCGUACUUUGUCGAGUGGAUCCCCAACAACGUCAAGUCGUCGGUGUGCGACAUCCCGCCCAAGGGCCUCAAGAUGUCGGCGACCUUCAUCGGCAACUCGACCGCCAUCCAGGAGAUGUUCAAGCGCGUGUCGGAGCAGUUCACGGCCAUGUUCCGCCGCAAGGCCUUCCUGCACUGGUACACGGGCGAGGGCAUGGACGAGAUGGAGUUCACCGAGGCCGAGUCCAACAUGAACGACCUCGUCUCGGAGUACCAGCAGUACCAGGACGCCACCGCCGAGGAGGAGGGCGAGUUCGACGAGGAGGAGGAGGAGGCCUACUAA